UGCAAAAUUUCAUUCUUCCUCUCUUUCCAUUAUCCUUAUCUCUGCAAACUCCAACCUUCUAUUAUUUCUCUCUCAAUCCAAUUUCUCUUUACAAGUUUUUCUUCCAAGGGUAUAGCCUUUUUCAUUUAUUUCAAUUUGAUCUUCUUUCUAGUUUCUUUGCCAAAUAACGAAAUUCAUCAUGGCUCUUGAAACUUGGCUGAUUAAAGUUAAGAAAACGAUAUCCAACAGCCUGGAUACUGCAAGAUCUUCAAUACCCAACUCAAAAAUUUCAAAGCAUAAAUCAAACGUCGGAGUUUUAUCCUUUGAAAUCGCUGGCCUUAUGUCAAAGCUUCUCCACCUUUGGAAUUCUCUUUCAGACAAGAGCAUAAUUCGUCUUCGUGAUGAAUCAAUAUCUCUCGAAGGAGUCUGCAAAAUUGUCUCCAACGAUGAAUCGUUCCUGUUGGGGCUCGCUUGCGCGGAAAUGGCUGAAAACCUCAGGCUGGUAGCGAAAUCUAUUUCCAGGAUAAGCAAGAGAUGCCAGGAUUUGAAUCUUCAGUGUUUCGAUCGGUGGUUUGAUGAGUUCGCCAACUCGGGUCAUGAUAGUCAUGGCUGGGUUUUGAGUUCCAAAGAUAUGGAAGCUAAAAACAAGAAGAUGGACAGGUACGUGACUAUUACGGCAACUUUGUAUAAAGAAAUGGAGGAGUUAUCGACAAUUGAGAACAGUUUGAGAAAGUCUUUUCAGUGUAAAGAAUAUGAGUCUUCAAUCAAAGAGCAAAAGAUUAUCGAUCUACAGCAAAAGCUUUUGUGGCAAAGACAAGAGGUUAAGUAUUUAAAGGAGAGAUCCUUAUGGAACAGAAGCUUUGACAUGGUUGUUUCCAUGCUUGUGAGGUCGAUUUUCACUAUUUUGGGAAGGAUAAAGCUUGUUUUCGGGAUUGGUCAUGGCUAUCCGCCUUCUUUACCUCGAAGUCUCUCCGCUUCUGCAACUGUCCAUCCAACUGAAAACCCUAACGCUUGUAACUUUGUAUCAGGGCCAUUAGAGAGUUCUAAAUGUGAAGAAAAGAGAGAUAUGGCUGUCAGUUUUUUCGAGUUGAACUCAAAGCUUCUGAAGCCUCCGCCAAAUACGUUAGGUGCUGCAGCUUUAGCUUUACACUAUGCGAAUUUAAUUAUCAUUAUGGAGAAAAUGAUCAAGUCACCACAACUGGUUGGCGUUGAUGCAAGAGAUGAUCUUUAUUCCAUGCUUCCGAGCAGUAUUAGAUCGUCUCUAAGGGCUAGACUAAAAGGAGUAGGGUUCUCAGCGGGUGAUCCAGUGCUUGCCGGAGAAUGGAGAACAGCUGUUGGAAGGAUCUUGGGCUGGUUAUCACCAAUGGCACACAACAUGAUCAAAUGGCAAAAUGAAAGAAGCUUCGAGCAGCAGAAUUUGUUGCCCAAAACAAAUGUUCUUCUUUUGCAAACGCUAUUCUUUGCAAAUAAAGAGAAGACAGAAGCAGCCAUCACUGAGCUGCUGGUGGGUUUGAAUUACAUUUGGAGAUUCGAAAGGGAAAUGACAGCAAAGGCCUUGUUCGAGUGCAGCAACUUUAAUGGGUUGUUGAAUUUGCAAAGUUCCAGCUAAGCAGAGAGAUGGGCUUAAUUUAUUGUUUCUUCCUUUUUGGGCUUUAGUUUUGUUUCCUUAUAUUUUCUUCAUGGUUUAAUUAUUUUAGAUUGAACUGAGUUUCAGAUGUUUCCAGGGUUUGUUUUGCAAUUCGAACCCCUGCUCUGUAUAUGUUUUUUAUAUAUAUAUAUAUGUGUAUGUAAAUGACAUGAAUUGAGUAAAUUUUCAAAAUAUUGCACGUCCUUUUCAUUCAUGGCCUAUUGUCAUGUGAAAAUAUUCCUCUUAUUUCAAUUCCUAUACAUAUUGUUUUGCUUUGUUGUUGUUAUUAGAACCAAAUCCAAAUGGAUCCAGAUCCAUUAGCUUAUAGAGUAAUUUAAUUAUUUCGUUAGUCAGCGAGCAGCUAGCUGUUAGACCAGAUUGGAAUGGACCCUACUACAUGGAAUCUUGUAGUAAUAUUAUUUCUAUUUCGUCAUGAUAUGACUUGACUCACUCAAUGGUUUGCACAUAGUA